AUGCGACGCUCACUGCAAUCGGCCCUGCUGCUGGGCCUGUCGUCGCUCGUGGCAGCCGUGUACAAGGACGAGGUCGGCCACAUCGACUUCCACCACGCGCUCGUCGGCGUGCCCCAGGUCGAGACGACCUUCUUCCACCGGCCCAAGAAGGACGAGAAAGCGAGUCUGCUCUACACCCUCAGCGAUGUCGGCGUGCUGGGCGCCGUCAACCCCAACACCGGCGCUCUCGUCUGGCGCCAGCAGGUCGCUCCAGGCGUGGCCGGUCGAGGCGGCCAUCUGAGGGCCCCCGAGGGCGAGAACUGGGUGGCCGCUGCGUACGGCCGGCAGGUCCAGGCAUGGGCUGCGCUGAGCGGGCGCAGCGUCUGGCAGACCGAGUUCGACGGCCGCGUCAAGGACCUGGAGAUUAUGGAGCUGACCGAGAGCGCGAGGAAGGACGUGCUGGUCCUCUUCGAGGAGGACGGCGUCACGGUUCUGCGCAGGCUGCACGGCGCUCUGGGCACCGUCGUCUGGGAGUUCCGCGAGGUCUCCAAGGACAUUCCUCUGCAGGUGUCGACCAGCGUCUCCAACGUCUACGUCAUCAGCCUUCACGGAUCCCCUGCGUCGUACAGCUUGAAGGUCACGACCCUGGAGCCGGCGACGGGAGGACGGGUCGACCACUGGAUAGUCGGUGCCAAGGGCGAUGUCCAACCCGAGGACGUCAUGUUUGUGGGCGCAAACUCGGCUGCUCCCAUCCUGGCGUGGGCCAGCAACGACCUCGCCAAGCUCAACGUCCACAUCCUGGGCACAAAGUCCAAGCAAGAGUUUGCGUUUCCCCUCCCCGCAGACACCGUCUCUGUCGACAUACAUGCUCCGCACCUGACCCAGUCUCAGCCUCACUUCCUGGUCCACACCCGCACGGCGACUGGCAACAAGGCCGAGGUUUUUCACACCGACUUGAAGUCUGGCAAGAUCACAAAGGCGUACGAGCUGCCGCUGCUCCCCGGACUCGGCGCAAUCUCCACCAGCUCGGAAGGUGCCAAUGUCUAUUUUACGCGCGUCACCGAAGAUGAAGUCCUCGUUGUGUCCUCCGACUCGCACAGCGUUCUCGCUCGCGAUUCUCUGAGCCCCGAGGCCCGUGUUGAGGCCGUCCAUGCCGUUUCAGAGGUCAUCAAGAAGGCCGGCGGCAAGGAGUUCGCCAUCCGGUCUGCCACCGUCACCACAUCGCAGGACUGGGCGCUGAUUCGCAACGGCAAGCUCGACUGGACCCGCCCCGAGGGCCUCAGCGGCGCCGUUGCCGCGGCCUGGGCGGAGAUUCCUGAGGCCGAGGACCUGGCCAAGGUGCUCGCCGAGGAGGCACACACCAACCCGUGGAACGCCUAUGUGCACCGCGUUACUCGCCACAUCCGCGAUCUCCAGUAUCUCCCCGAUUAUCUUGCUACUAUUCCCACCCGAGUCAUCGAGAGCAUCACCGGUGGCGCAGUCGCCGUGUCCAAGACUACAGGCCUUCACCGGGACUCGUUUGGCUUCAACAAGAUUGCCAUCGUCGCCACUCACCGCGGUCGGUUCUACGCCCUGGACACUGGCAGCCAUGGUGGGAUUGUUUGGUCCGCCAACGUCUUUCCCCAAGCUCCUGGUGCUGUGUUUGAUGUCAAGGGCCUUUUGGUCAACGACGCCGAAGGCACAUUGACAGUUCGAGGCGCUAAAGGCGAGUAUGCCGUGAUACAAGUGGCGGAUGGACAAGUUGUCGAGGCUCAGCCUGGCGACGAGUCGGCUGCUAUCUCUGCCACCGCCGUGAUCGAGCGUGAAGGCGGCAAGUGGCUGCUUGCUCUUGGACAAGGUGGGAAACCCAUCGACGACUCUCUGACGGAGCGGCCCAUCGACCAAACCAUUGUUGUCCGAGAGGAAGAUGAUACCGUCAAGGGCGUCAAGUUCGUCAACGAAGGUGGUGAAAUUGUCAAAAAGGAGGUCUGGCAGCUCCAGCUGCUCCCGGGCCAGAAGAUUGCGAGCAUCGCCAAGCGCCCGGCGCACGAUCCCGUUGCCUCCAUCGGCCGCGUGCUGGGAGACCGAAGUGUCAACUACAAGUACCUAAACCCUAACACCGUCGUCAUCGCUGUCAUUGACAGCGCCGCUUCCGCCCUUUCAGUCUAUCUCCUGGACACGGUCACUGGCCAGAUGCUUACGUCGCAAGUCCACGAUGGUGUGGAUGGCGACAAGGAGAUCUCAUGUACCUUGUCGGAGAACUGGUACGCCUGUGCCUUCUUCGGACAGUAUACCCUCAACGACGGCUCGGACCGGGACAUCAAGGGAUACCAGAUCGUCGUGUCUGACCUGUACGAGUCCCCUUCGCCCAACGAUCGGGGCCCCCUGGGCGAUGCGGAGACGUUCUCGCCCCUGGAUCCCGUGGAUACCCCGACUGGCGUGCCGCUUCCGUGGGUUGUUUCUCAGAGCUGGAUUGUAUCGGAGCCCCUGACCAACUUGACGGUGACCCAGACACGUCAAGGCAUCACCAGUCGACAGCUAUUGGCUUACCUGCCCGAGUCCCACGCCAUUCUGGGCAUUACCCGGCAUGGAAUCGACCCUCGCCGGCCUGUAGGAAGGGACCCGUCUGCGGCAGAGAUUGAAGCCGAGGGCCUUGCUAGGUACACGCCUGCUAUUUUCAUUGACGGGCGGAAUCUGCUUACGCACGAGCGGGACAUUGUUGGCGUGAGAGGCAUUGUGACCACGCCGGCCGUGGUGGAGAGCACCAGCUUGUUGUUGGCGUAUGGCAUCGACGUCUUUGGUUCCCAAAUUCCGCCGAGCGGGACGUUUGACAUACUGGACAAGGGGUUCAACAAGGUCACCUUGCUGGCCACGGUGCUCGCGCUUACUUGGGGAGUCGUGCUGCUGGCACCUAUGGUUCGGAGGAAGCAAAUCAACCGGAAAUGGGAAGCGUUCAUGUAA